AAGAGGAAGACGGGGGAACAAAAGAAAACCGAAAUUUUUGUAAACACAAAUAAAUAUAUACUCGGAGUCGGAGGCCGCGGGUCGGUCCCGUCUUCUUCCCCGGCUCAGGCAGAGGCAGAGGCGCUGGCGAUGGCGCGCGUCUCGCAUUCCAGGAAGCGGAGCGCUCCCUCCAAGCCCAGAGAAGAUCCCGACGCCCGCCACCACCCGGAACGCCCUGUCCGCGUCUACGCCGACGGCAUCUUCGAUCUCUUCCACUUCGGCCACGCCCGCGCUCUCGAGCAGGCCAAGAAGCUGUUCCCUAACACGUACCUGCUGGUCGGAUGCUGCAACGACGAGCUCACCAACCGCUACAAGGGCAAGACCGUCAUGACCCAGGAAGAGCGAUACGAGUCCCUUCGCCACUGCAAAUGGGUUGAUGAGGUCAUUCCUGAUGCUCCAUGGGUCCUCACACAAGAGUUUAUUGACAAACAUAAGAUUGACUACGUUGCUCACGAUGCACUGCCUUAUGCAGAUACCAGUGGUGCUGCAAAUGAUGUCUAUGAGUUUGUUAAAAAGAUAGGCAAAUUCAAGGAAACAAAACGGACAGACGGGGUAUCCACAUCAGACCUCAUAAUGAGGAUAUUGAAGGAUUACAAUCAGUAUGUCAUGAGGAAUUUAGCACGUGGAUACACAAGGAAAGAUCUAGGCGUAAGCUAUGUUAAGGAAAAGCAACUCCAGGUCAACAUGAAGAUAAAUAAACUGCGAGAGACUGUAAAGGCUCAUCAAGAAAAGUUGCAAACGGCAGCGAAGACAGCGGGGAUAAAUCAUGAAGAAUGGCUGGCAAAUGCAGAUCGCUGGGUUGCUGGUUUCUUGGAGAAGUUUGAGGAACACUGCCACAACAUGGAAACUGCCAUCAAGGGGCGAAUCCAGGAGAGAUUGAAGAGACAGGGAAGCAGAGGGAUAAUUGCGGGUCUUAUGCAGCAACCGGUGGCAACGUAAGUUGUUCAGGAGAUGAAGCUGUGGGGGGUUGAUUUGGACUGAAGCUAUCCUUGGGGUCACCACGGACACAAAAUGUAGGAGCGAAAUGUAGCGUUGGCGGCUUGUGUCAUGGAAUGUGAUACUUGUACGAGUUACAGAGGCUAUUUUCUUUUUCUUCUAUUUGGUUUUCCUGUAUACAAAUGUCUAUAGCAGAGGCGUUUGGUGUUUUGGGCAUCCUCUCUCGUCCCUUGUUGCCCUGAGGCUUUUGGAGUGCCUACUGUAAAUGUAGGUUGUCAUCAGAGUUGUACUAUUCUCACUUGGGACCUUUCUCUUCUUUAGUAAUGAAUGUCAAGGGAUGCUGAAGCUAAAAGCAGAGUGGCAUACCAUACAACUA